UGCUCGUGCACCUCACCAGCCCUCCUCUCGCUGCGUGGCUCUGCGUCUCCUCUAGUCAUACAACUUCCUGCUUCACCGACGAAACACCGACAAUGUGCUCGGUGAUCCGGGGCGUGAAACCGGUCCAGCGGGCUCUGGCUCUCACGCUGCGUGCCCGAGCCGGCAGACCCGAGAACAGACGCUCCUGUCCGGGUAUAAGAGCCGACGUGGGCCCCCAGCUCCGGCCGUUCUGCUGCUCCGGGACGGCGAUGACGGAGGGGCUGCUGUUCAGACAACUGUUUGAGUUGGAGAGCAGCACCUACACCUACCUGCUUGCAGACACAGAGACCAAGGAGGCAAUCCUCAUCGAUCCUGUACUGGAGACUAUUGACCGGGACCUGAAGCUCAUACAAGAACUGGGGCUUAAUCUCAAAGUGGCAGUAAACACCCACUGCCAUGCCGACCACAUCACAAGCACUGGGCUGAUGAAGAAACGAUUGGUUGGGCUGAAGAGUGCAAUCUCCAAAUUCAGCGGUGCCUCUGCAGACAUCCACCUGUCAGAGGGAGACAAGAUCACCUUUGGAAAACAUCUUCUGACGGUGAGAGAGACCCCCGGGCACACCGAUGGCUGUGUGGCGCUGGUGUCAGGGGACCAGAGCAUGGCGUUUACUGGGGACGCUCUGCUCAUCAGAGGCUGCGGCAGGACAGACUUCCAGCAGGGCAGCCCUGAGAAGCUCUAUCAGUCAGUCCAUGAGAAGAUCUUCACUCUGCCUGACCAGUGCCUCGUCUACCCAGCACAUGACUACUUAGGUCAGACUUCAUCGACGGUCGGUGAGGAGCGCAAGUUUAACCCGCGCUUGACCAAGAGCCUGGAAGAGUUUGUGAAAAUCAUGAACAACCUGAAUCUCCCCAAGCCUCGUAAAAUAGAUGUGUCAGUGCCUGCUAAUUUGGUUUGUGGCGUACACGAAGUCUGAACUUCCUGCUAACUGCUUUUUUAAAAAGAUUAUUUUUCACCUUUUAUUGAUUUUCAAGUUUUAAUUGACAGAUGACAGUGUAGAAAUGGGAGAAAACAAGAUAGUAUGACAUGCAACAAAGGUACCAAAGCUGGAAUUGAACUGGGAUAUUGCAGUUAUAUGACAGGAAGGGAGGAUUUUAAUCAAAUCAACUACAAAUAGAAUCAGAAUCAUUUAUACUCGCCAAGUAUGAGCACAUAGCAAAGUGAUUAACAUAUCCAUGUUUGUAUAUAUGCAGAAUUAACCUAAAACUACUUGCCAUAAAGUGCUUUUUGGUGUGUUAUUAUGUAAAUGUAAAGAUGUAUAUUUUCAUAGCCGUCUCUAUGUCAGUAGUCCGCAUCUACUGACAUCAUUGUGAUAAUGCUUCACAUUAAAAAAAACAAUCAUCUCUCAUUGAACUAUUACAAAUGAGAUCUGUACAUGAGGAAAAAAACACUAUUCGUAUUGUUUUUGGUAUUUUGAUGACAUUGAAAUGUGACUUUGUGACUCUUCUUAGCUGUGUUAUUGUGAUUAAGGGGGGAAAUUGACGAAAAGGACAAUCGCAGAUGGGAAUGUUCCGCUCAAGGUUUGGUUUGGUAUUCAUGAAUGCUUAACUGGGACUAUUGAGUUCUUCCACAUGGCCUUUCCAGGGACUCACACACACACAGGGGCGGCUGUGGCGUAGUGGAGAGCAAGGUAGUUCUCCAUUCAGAGGAUCGGUGGUUCGAUGGCAAGACACUUAACCCUAAGUUGCUCCCGAAGGCUUGCCAUCGGUGUGGACUGGAUGUUGCAUGAAUGUUAGUUAGGGUCUGAUGGUGGCACCUUGAUGGUAGCCUGUCAUCAGUGUGUGAAUGGGUGAAUAAUAUGUAAUAUACUACUGAUUGUAAGUCGCUUUGGAUAAAAGCGU